AUGGGAAUGAGCUUGAUGGCACAGGUGCCGAGCUCAAAGACCGUUUAUCCGCUGCUUGGACGGCCUCACGAUUCAUUGGACCAUAUCAGCCCUAAAGGCUUGGCCUUUCCGAUCUAUACCGGCGCUUUCUAUGAUGCCUCGACGACAAAUCUCACAUACCGCAUCCCAGAGCCCGUGCAAGGCGAUAAAGCGACUGACUUGGAAAUCACCCUCUCGUUUCUGUCCCCAAUCACACCCACGUCCACUGCUCGCCAAUCUAUUCCAGCUUCCUAUGUGACAAUUUACGUCAAAGGAAACAUUGCCGUCAAUUUCUAUAUGGAUUUGAACGGCCAAUGGGUCAGUGGGGAUCGAGGUAGUAUGCUGGAAUGGAGAUUUGACCAUAUGAUCCCCGAACAAGGCGACAACAGCCUGCUUAAAUGGCAGUUUAACCGGAAACACGAGCUUCUGUUCACAGAGACUGCGGAUCGCGCUGAAUGGGGCACUAUGCACUUCACAGCACCUGCGGGCACUCGAUAUGAAUCUGGGACAUCUGCGGUUCUUCGUAAACGGUUUGCAAGGACAGGAACUCUGGAGAAUACCAAUGACCGUAACUUCCGUUCAAUCAUGGACCACGAGCCUGUCUUUUCAUUCGCCAGAUCAUUCAACCUUAGCGCUAGCGCACGAGAAGGUGCAGUGACUUUUACCAUGACCUACAUACAAGACCCUGUUGUUCAAUUCGCCGCUGCACGUGGUUUGACACUUAUGAAACCGCUUUGGCAAGCAUGGUUUGCGGACGUCACCAGCCUGAUUAUUUUCCACUAUCACGACUUCCAUAAUGUUAAGCACCUGGCGACUAACUACUCGGAUCAACUGGCAUCGGAUGCUUUCUUGUCAGGUGCCGAAGAUUAUGUCGAUAUUGUUGCCUUAUCGGCAAGGCAGGUACUUGGGGCUACUGUCUUCUCUGGGACAGCAGAGAAUCCAGUUCUGUUUCUCAAAGAAAUAUCGUCGAAUGGAAAUUGCCAGACCGUCGAUGUGAUCUUCCCUUCCUUCCCAUUUUUCCUCUAUACAAGUCCACGGUGGCUCGCAUACCUUCUCGAACCACUGAUUGAGCAUAUGCUGAGUGGACAGUACCCAAAUAAAUACUCUAUGCAUGACCUGGGAUCGCAUUUCCCAAAUAUGACCGGCCACCCUGAUGGGAGAGAUGAGUAUAUGCCUGUUGAAGAGUGUGGAAACAUGCUUAUCAUGGCUCUCGCCGUCGUGAAUUCCCUUCGAUACCCCACGGGUACCCCUCCCUCGUUCCCCACCAGCAUUCCUAUACAGUCCCGUGCUAUCGGGAACAGCUCAGACGACCAUUCUACUGGAGCAUUUCCAUUGCUGCCGCUCCAGGUCAGUAACGGUAUUGAUAAACUCGAUACCCCUUGGCUUGACAAUGCUUCUGUCGGAAAGGCACAUGAAUGGGUUGAACGGUCAUAUUCUUUAAUCAAACAGUGGACCUGGUAUCUCGUUCAAUAUUCCCUGAGGCCGGAAAAUCAACUUUCUACCGAUGAUUUUGCCGGAUGGCUAGCCCUCCAAACCAACCUUGCUUUGAAAGGAAUAGUCGGGAUUAAUGCCAUGAGUGAGAUUGCUAAGUUUACCAAGAAUGAUGUGGACGCAGUAUAUUUCAAGAACAUAUCGGAUACAUAUAUUACUAAAUGGGAGGAAUACGGUCUUUCAAGAGACAAAACCCAUGCUAAAGUUGCGUAUGAUUGGUAUGGCUCGUGGACAACGUUAUAUAACAUGUACGCCGAUGCACUUCUAUGUUUCCAUCUAGAUGGAACAGACCUGGACCCUCAUGGCACUGCGAACGGAACUUCAUCGCCAUCCACUACACCAAAGCGACAGGGAUUCGUUCCAAGGCAUAUAUACACCUUACAGUCGAAGUGGUACGAAAACGUUCGACAGAAGUAUGGUCUCCCCCUUGAUAGCCGGCAUCUAUACACAAAAUCGGACUGGGAAUUUUUCGCUAUGGCAGUUGCUAGCCCGUCAACUCGUCAUGACAUUCUGCAAUCGGUUGCUUUAUGGGUUAACGAGACAAAGACUGAUCGCCCAUUGACUGAUCUUUAUCAAACAGAGGGCGACGGCGGAUUUCCUGGCCCAAAUUUUUUUGCUCGACCGGUUGUUGGCGGACAUUUUGCUUUCCUAGCUCUAGAACGAGCAUGUAAAGGAAAAGCCAUGGAAGGUUUGAGCUUUCUGGACGAAAUUUUACCAGAAAAGCCGAAAAUAACUAUUCCGACUGAUGAGGGAAGGGACAAUGAGGAUGAGGAUUUGUGGGUAGAAUACUAA